GAAGGGGAAGAUGGCGGCGCUGCAGGGGUUUCCCGUCGCGGUCCCUUUCGGUCCCGGCGGCGCCGCGGAGCCUCCGGUCGGUCCGCAGCCGCCGGGACCCGCCGAGCGGAGCAAGGACGAGGCGACGGAAGCCGAGAAGUUGAGUAAAAUGAACUCCUUGCUGGAGAGGCUGCAUGCGAAGUAUAGUCAGACAAGACCCUGGUCUGAGACAGCGAAACUCGUGCGGCAAGCUAUGGAGAAACGAAGUAUAAUGAACACAGGAGGCCACCAGCAUCUUAUUGCCUGUUUGGAGACCCUGCAAAAAGCACUUAAAGUGAUGUCUUUGCCUGCAAUGACAGACCGACUUGAGUCGAUUGCCAGACAGAACAGCCUUGGUUCGCACCUGAGUCCUUCAGGUACUGAAUGCUACAUCACGUCAGACAUGUUCUACGUAGAGGUGCUGCUGGAUCCAACAGGGCAAGUCUGUGACGUCAAGGUGGCACACCAUGGAGAAAAUCCUGUGAGCUGCCAGGAGCUGGUGCAGUAUCUAAGGGAGAAGAAUUUUUUAGAGUUCUCAAAACACCUUAAAGGCCUUGUCAAUCUGUAUAAACUCCCCGGAGACAAUAAGUUGAAGACUAAGAUGUAUCUGGCUCUGCAGUCCCUGGAGCUUGAUCUCUCAAAGAUGGCACACAUGUUCAGAUUAGCCACAAAUGCAAGUAACCUUGAUACCAUACUCCAAGGAAGUGUUGGCUAUCUUACACCGAGGAGUGGCGGACACUUAAUGAACCUGAAGUAUUAUGUCUCUCCAUAUGACUUGUUUGAAGAGGGAACUGGUGCACCUAUGAACCUGAAUGAAAAUAACGUUCCACGAUCCUUGGGCAUGAAUGUGUUUGUGACGAUUGAGGGCCCCACGGGGAUGUGCAAACUGCCUAUAGCUCCCCUGAUCACAGGCUCCCAUCCCACAGACAACAAAGGCACACCUUCCUUCUCUUCUGUGACUAAUGCCAACAGUGUGGACCUGCCAGCCUGCUUCUUCCUAAAGUUUCCACGGCCAAUUCCUGUAUCAGCUUUUUGCAUUCAGAAACUUCAGAACUUCUUAGGUAUCACCCUCUUUGAUCCUCCUACCACUCUGGUUCCACUUUAUGAAUUAAUCACACAGUUUGUACUUUCCGGGAAGGAUGAUGGUUCUUCAACUUUGAAACACAACAUGCGAUUUUAUGCUUCUUUGCCAGGCCAACAGCAUUGCUAUUUCCUGAACAAGGAUGCCCCAAUCCACGAUGGGAGGUGUUUGCAAGGUGCACUGCUUCAUAAAAUUCCUUUCAGGCACCCAGGCCAGGUGCCUCGGAUUCUGGAACUUAUCCGGCACCAAGUGGCGUACAACACUCUAAUUGGGAGCUGUGUGAAAAGGACUGUGCUGAAGGAAGAUUUGCCUGGUCGUUUGCAGUUUGAGGUGUGCCCGUUGACUGACACCAGCUUCAGCCUCUCCUUCCAGCACCCAGUCAAUGACUCCCUUGUGUGUGUUGUGAUGGAUGUACUGGACUCCAGGCAAGUGAGCUGUAAACUGUAUAAAGGACUUUCUGAUGCCCUCAUCUGUACUGAUGACUUCAUUACCAGAGUGGUUCAGCGAUGUAUGUCCAUCCCAGUGACGAUGCGAGCAAUCCGCCGCAAGGCUGAGACCAUCCAGGCAGAUACCCCGGCUUUGCCUCUCAUUGCCGAGACCGUGGAGGACAUGCUGAAACGGAACCCCCCUCCCCCCAGCAGUCCUGGUUACAGCACGCAGCUGGGUAACAACCCACCGAGUGGUACCACCACACCAACGAGCAACUUCCCUGGGCCCAUCUCCUCCAUCUUCAAUUUACAGGGCAUGAAGGAAAGGCACGAAUCGGGACAUGGGGAAGACUCCUUUAAAGUCAACCAGAACCCUAUCCUGACUAGUUUACUGCAGAUCACGGGGAGUGUUGGUUCAUCCAUCGGUUCGAGCCCUACCCCUCCCGGCCACACGCCUCCGCCAGUUUCUUCCCCUGCGAGUAAUACCAAAAACCACCCCAUGCUGAUGAACCUGCUCAAGGACAACCCAAGCCAAGAUUUUUCAACGCUGUACGGUAGCAGCCCUUUGGAGAGGCAGAAUUCUUCCUCCAGUUCACCUAGAAUUGAUGUGGCUUCAGGCAGUACAAAGCAGAAGAAGAAGAGGACACGGUCGCAGACAGAUAAACCCAAGCAACCUCAGACUGAGGAGGACUUCCAGAGAGAGCUCAUCUCCAUGGACUUCGAUGCCCCUAACAGUGUCUUUGAUGUAAACCUGGCUGGAGAUACUUUGGACACCCCACACAUUACCCCUGCCCCCAGUCAGUGUAACACCCCUCCUACAACAUACCCUCCAACUGUGGUACACUCUCAGCAGUCCAGCAUGCAGAGAAUGGUACGCCUCUCCAGCACGGACAGUAUUGGAGCUGAUGUUACAGAGAUUCUGUCAGACAUAGCAGAACAAACUACUAAGCUGGCUACCUCUGGGGACAAUUGUCAGUCUGUUGGGACUCCUGUCCGCGAUUCCCUGAGCUCGUCCCAUUCCGCUGUAAAUAGUACAUUUGACGCAGACGUUUUUCAGGCCGGAAGCAACGAGAACACGUACACUGACCCUGCAGAUUUAAUAGCAGAUGCCACCACUACUCCAACCAGUGACUCUUCGAACCAGUUUUUUCCUGAUGGAGUAGAUUUUUUAUUGGAAAAUCAAAGCGGGGCCAAUUUUGUGAGUGGAUAUUUUGAUGAGAACAGCCAAGGUGGCGAUAUGGAUGACAUGAAGGGUUUCCCUUCACAGGGGUCUGCCUCAAUUAACGCGCAGGCAAUGAGUGGUGACACUGUAGAGCGCAGCAAAGGGAGUAGCCACACCGACAUGGAUUUUAGUAUGUUUACAAACAGCAACAAGUCAUUAGGGUCGUCGGAGGGGAUGGAACACUCUGGGAAUCAGAGCCCCUUAUUGAGCACGGUGGAGGUUGCGAAAGUGGACAAGUCUCAAAAGCAGCGAUCUGGCAAGGAAGGAAACGGCAGCGGGAGCAGCAAUUUAUCAGGAAUGGCCAUUGACAGUAAACCCGGGAAACGUACUCGGACUCCGUCGAGUGAUGGGAAGAACAAAGAAAAGCCUCCAAAGCGCAAGAAGACUGACUCGGAAAGCAAGUCUCCAUCUCACAGUGUGUCAAGUCGGCCUUUCACGCCCCCUGCCAGCACCACUGGCUCCAAAUCCCCCGGGAGCUCUGGGCGGUCACAGACUCCACCCAGUGUGGCCACACCUCCGAUUCCCAAAAUUACAAUUCAGAUUCGCAAGGAGAUCGUUGGCAAAUCGUCUUCGCACAGUCAGUUCGGGUCAGGCCCUUCGUCCAGCAGUAAAAGUCACCACUCUCAUUCCUCCAACUCCUCUUCCAGCAAGCUGAAAAGCAACAAAUCUGAGAGCUCUUCCAGUUCCAAAAUGAGCAGCAGCGGCCUGUACCCAGGGCAAGGCGGUGCCAGUUCCAGUCAAUCCAAGAGCUCCUCUCAAUCCAUGGGAAAACCCAGCUCUUCUCCAGUCACCAAACAUGGUUUGACCAGCAGUGGCAGCUUGUCCAGUAACAGCAGCAGCAAAAUGAAGCCUCAGGUUAAGUCGUCCUCAUCCCUGGCCAAUCCAUCUGGAGGAAAGCCCAAUGUGUCUCCCUCCCACUCGAGACCUUCGGGCAACUCAGAGAAACUUUCAUCACCAUUGAAGCCCAUUCCAGGAACUCCGCCAGCAAAGGCCAAGUCUCCAGUCAGCUCAGGCUCUGGAAGCUCACACAUGUCGGGGUCCAGUUCCAGCUCGAGCAUGAAACAGUCCUCUGGCAUAGCAUCCUCCGGUUCAUUGAACCAGAAGCCUCCAACCUCCUCUUCCUCUUCCUCCUCUUCCUCCGCUUCCUCAAUGUCUUCAUCUCAAAAUGCUCACGGAAAUUUAAUCAAAGGAAAGUCUCCCAGUCGGACCAAGAAACCGUCUUUGACGGCGGUAAUUGAUAAACUGAAACAUGGCGUGGGUGGUGUGGGUGGUUCUAACUCCGAAGACUGUGCAGAUGGUCAAAUGGCAGCAGCAGCAAUGCCGUCCACUCACAGCAUCCCAUCCAAACACAAUAUGUCGCCAGCAGAUUACCAGGGAAAGCGUGAGAAGAGUGACAAAGAAAGCAAGUCCAAGGUCUCUGUCUCGGGGAGUUCAGGCGACAGUGGGAAGAAAUCCUCAGACUCUAAGAAUGGCGGAGGAACAGGAGUGGCGAAAAUCAUCAUUAGCAAGCAUGAUGGUGGUUCACCGAGCAUCAAGGCCAAGGUGACCUUGCAGAAACCAAGUGAUGGCAGUGGUGAUGGCUUGAGACCACAGAUAACUGGAGCAAAAAACUAUGGCUCACCCUUGUUCAGUGGUUCGACACCAAAACACGAACGCUGCUCCCCAAGUUACAGCAAGUCGCCUGCCUACACCCCUCAGGGUGGCGAUAGUGGCAGCGAGUCGGGAUCGUCCUUCGCCGAGAAAUCCCACCAGAACAGUCCCAGCUCCGAUGAUGAUGUCCGGCCGCUCCCCGAAUAUAGUUUGGAAAAGCAUAAAAAGCACAAAAAGGAGAAGAAGAAAGGGAAGGACAAAGAUCGGGAUCGGGACCGGGACCGAGACAGGGAGAAGAAAAAAUCUCACUCUAGCAUUAAACCAGAAACUUGGUCAAAGUCUCCUAUAUCGACUGACCAAUCCUUGUCUAUGGCAGGGAGCACAUCCAUGAACUCCGAGAGGUCAUCUCGCCCCAGCCCGGCGUUUUUAAUUGGUGAUGACGAUGACCUCAUGAAUGUGGCUUUGAUUGGUAACUGAAGUGCAUUGUUCAUAAACCAAGUCAGUCAACUGUACUGUGAUCGCAUUUUGUGUCUAACUAUGAAGUUCUUGGCUUUAUCUCCAAUUUUGGCAGAUGCCUCAUUCACAAAGAAAAAGGUUUUAAGUUGGCCAUUAUUCUUAAUGUCAGCAACCAGUGUACAUGAAAUGAAACCGUUUUCAGUACAUUUUUGAGUGGGUGGCCUAUGUCAAGUUUUACAUGAGCAUCCUUUGUCUUCCUUUUCAGAAGGAGACUGGUUCAAAACUAAGUUAAAGGAGGUCCUUUGUCCAAGGAUUGGUUUGGCUUUCUCUUGCAGAGCUUAGAAUCUCCUAAACCUGACUCCAUCCUGCUUGUGUUUGCUUCCCACAUUUCACAGCUCAUUUUUAUUAACCUAAAGCUAUUUUAAAAUCAAAAGAGGUUGCUCCUUGUGUGUUAGAGCCUCAUAUUUUUCUAAAAAUCAAAAUGGCCUGUGUGCUUAAUUUCCUGUGACUCCCCAUAAAGAUAGAUUUUAUUUAACUAUUUGCUAGACCCAGAUUCUUUUACAUAAAACCUAAUAUGCUUUUAACAUGCUUUAUUUUUAACUAUUUAUUAAUCUCUUAAAUUCAGAAUUGAAAUCAUUUUAACAGCUUCUAAAGCUUUGUUAAUCCAUUUUAAAGUCAAAAAUUGUACAUUGCUUUAAAUGCCCAGGUUGUACUACAGUGCUGUUUUCUCUUUGAUUAUUUUUGUGAAGAGCAAGAGUGCAUAUGUGCUAUUAUUUGUAUUGACAUUUUAAAGCUGAUGGUUCUGCUUGUUUGGAGAAUGUUUCUAUCAUUUUUCUAUAGCCUACUGCCUCAGUUGUAAGUUUGAGAAUGUGUAUUGCAAUUCUACCACGCACUUCCCCUUAGUUUCAUGCUGUGAGUUAGAUGAUGAAGUAGUUUGCAUUUAGACCAUGUGUGUAGUCUGAAGGCGGUGUUGCUGGCUAAACUUCCUGAUUGUUCUCCCUGAUGCUUGCUUUGUUUUCCAUAAGUUCAUGUCCUCAGUGUAACCAUUGAAUUCAUAAAUGUGAAGGUUUUCCCACUUUGUAUUAAUAAUUGGUGAAUGAUGCUCCCAGCAGUCCAUCAAUUAGCUGUAUGUUGGUACACUUCAUAAAAGCAGAGACCUAUUAGAUACCUAAAGAACCCUGAUCUUCGAGACAAUAUUUUUUUACCUUCCAAAUGUUAAGAGAAAUUGAUACCUAAGACGAAAAGUGUAUCAUUGGGGAAUGAGAUUUUAUUCUGACUUGACGUUCUUGGUGAAGCGGGCUCUCGCCCACUGGGAGAAUCGAAUGGAAAAAUUAUCCACUUAACAUGUUUACUGGAAAAAGCAAAGCAUCUUUUAAACCAAUUAAAUCAUCCAUGCAAUAAGAUUGUGUAAAUCAUAGUCCAAUGUUCAACCUGGCCUUCUGCCAGUGCAGUAAUUAGUUGAUAGUUGAGCCAUGGAUCCACAUUGGAUACCCCGUAGGAAUAAAAAUAAAUGCUCACUAAAUUGUACUCCUGAUAGCAAAUUUUAAUAAAAGCUUAAGGUCUUUCUUACAAGGCAUGUGAAACACUUAAAACAGAAGUGAAACCCACUUCUAAUCCACCUCAAAGUAAAAAUAUUGGAAUCCUGAGUAUUAAACUUGGGAUCCCAUAUAAUUAUAAGGUGGUUCAGAUAACGGAGGGUCUUUUCCUAUUAGUCCCAUGUCUUGAUCAAGUCUGGCCAAAGAAAGCAAUGAAUGGAUUUGCCAAGGAGAGAUUCACAGGCAUUUUGCUCAAUGGUUUUGAUUAGAGAUAGCAAAUAUAUGAGCUGUUAGAGUGUGAGGCCAUGGGUUGCCCAGAGUAGGCUACUUGGUGCAUUGACCCUGUUCUGCCAUUUGGUGAGAUUAUGUUUAAACUGUGAUCUAACUCCUUCCAAAAAAUCCACCAUGGAUUGAAGACCAGUUAUAUACCUUCUGCUGUCAUAAAGGAAAUUUGUGUUGGGAUGUUUAAUAAGUUGGCCACCAAUUUUCAGACAAGGCACAAAGUGCAAGUUGUCGCCAUUAUUUUAAGGUAGUUACUAAUGCCAGAUGAACUCAGUAUUUCGUUUCUUCGCUUUUUGAUUUUGGUCUAAGUAAAGCUCAAAUGUACAUUUAUUGUAUUGAUAACUCGAGCAUCAUAGAAAUAUACCAUACAAAUUGGUCUACACUGGUCAGAAGCUGUUGAGCCUAACAACCGUCUCCAGCUUUCGAUCUAUAGGCUUUGAUAAUUGCACAUCAAAUGCACACUCAGCUGCUUUUUAAAUGCGGUGAGUGUUUCUGCUUUCAGACAAUGAAUUCCAUGCCUCCCCCUUCUUUGUGUGAUUUUCUUUUCCCCUUCAACUCUGUACUUUUUAUAUCAGUUACUUUAACUCCACUCCCCCUUGUGUUGCCCUCCCAGUAGAUCAUUUUUGUUCUCCCUACCUCAGUCUCUAAUAGUUUUAUACACUAUCUUCAUCUCUGGGAGGCACUGAUUCUGAUGGGGUACCAAGCCCAGACUGCCUUACCCAUAUGUAGCUUAUUUCCUGUAAGCUGUGGCAGUUACUGUCAGCAGCCUCAACCGUGAAAGGCAUCAGCCCUAAACCCAGUCCUAUUCUUGUCAAAAAUCCCAGUUUCUAACAGGGGGACAUGGGGAUCAGGAGCCCUGGUUGAUUUGCCCAGGCCAUUUACCCUGCUAGUAUCAGCUUGCUCAGCAGAGACAAAGAAUCCACCCCAUUUUUCCACUGGUUGUGGAUUUUGAGAGGAGAAGUAACUUGGAGAAUGCUUCCUUUGAAUGUGAGAAUUAGAAUAUAGCUGUCUUCACAAAGGUACGCAUCUUUUGUUAUGAAGAAAUAAAAGUUUGGGAAUUCAGUUGGGUGUCAUUGGAAAGUAUUCAAGGAUGCCCACCUCACUAAAAUAGGCAGAGGUACAACUACUCUUUGUUAAAUCAGUUGAAUUUGAAAAAACCUACAUUGGCAGUAUUAAGAAACUAAAAAUUAAUGCUUAUUGAAGAAUGUUUCAAAAAAGGAAAUUGGGUCCUGUCAUUACUGACAGCUUGUAUUAAACCUGAAAUUUCAAAGUAUGAAAGUUUCCAUUGGUAUUGUCUUUGCCAAUAGUUCUACAAGUCAGAACUCCUUUCACAUUGAUUUGUAUAAAAGUCUUAGUCUUAAAAUGGUGUCCACUUGAAAUUGUGUUGUACUUCAGAUUGAAAUUGUGAGACCACUAGUUAUUGUCGAGCAGCUCUGAAACUUGGCUCAGUGGAAGUAUCAUGAAGAUGCUGCAGAUUUUCUCAACUGUUACCGUUUCAAAGCAGGUGCUAUGAUAAAUUAGCAAAGCAGAACUUUACAGGAACAGACCAUUUGGCCUAUCAUGUGCACCCCAGUGAUUUUCUUCACUACCUCCAAACCCGUUCACCCAACACCCACCAAAAACUAUCAGAAUUCCUUUUUUUGUUAAGAGAGACUUAUGGUCUCUCUAUCUCAAUCUCCCAAAUCCUACAAAACCUCUUUAAGAAAAACAAAAUUACAUUGAUCCUUUUUUCAGUUACUUCAGGUAAGUACAACUCCUUUAAUAAAAAUGGAAAGUGGUCAAAAUCCACAAAUGGUCAGUAGUUGAAAGGGAAAAGUUGGUCGUGAUUUGGACAAGUUCAUUGAGGUGUCUCCACCACCAACUGUUAAACCAUCUUUUUCUUUUAACUGUUCCCUGGGUGACUGGCUGUGUACUCCCUUCUGCAAAUCAUGGAUGUAAAACUUAAAAUUUGCUCAUGAAGUCUGUGAAUAUCUCAAGUAUUGAAACUAGACUACCAUUCAAGGGGUAGGAGAUCACAAAGAGUUGAAGAAAAUAUUAAUGCCUUUAUUGUGUAUUAAAUAUUGUGUUAAAGCUGUCUCAAAUGUUAAUGAGAUCACUUUUCAGGUCAUACUGAAAUGAGGCCCCAUUUCAGGUAAGAUUGAAAAUCAAAAAUAUGCUUGAGGUUGAAAGUUGAUAGGCUGAUGUAUGUAUUCCUAGUGCUAUGGUCUAAUGUUCUGUGUGCCUGGCGAAUUUGCUGCAAGAUAAUGCUGCCAGUAAUCUAGAGGGCUAAGGUAAUAUCUUGCAUAAAGCUUAGCAUUAUGUUGGAAUGUCACAGGCUCUUUUCCUCACCUGUGCUGAGUUUAAAUGGUCUCAUCAUGACCUCGUCAUCCAUUAGGCUGGAGGGAAAAGAAUUCCUCAGGCGCGGUUUAUCAUCACUGCGCAGUGUUCCUGGCCAGAAACCAGGUUGAGCAGGGCUAUUGUUGGGUAGAGCAGGAGGGAUGGUGAGGCAAAAGUUGUUGUGCUAUUCAACAUAGUCAAAGUCCCAAACAUGUGGUCUAGGCCCAAAUGAAGAAUGGUUACUUUGAGGGAGUCCUUGAAAUCAUCCCAAUGAUCCUUGGUAACUGCAGAGAAAACCAGGGAGCAGAAACUAAUUUGGAAUUUGAUUCUAAAAAUUCUAUGUCCCACCUGAUCAGGGAACCAUUUUGAAAUGUCCAGUGGAUGUUUGAGAUGAUUGGUUGCCUGUGUAUAUAAACAAAAGUCAAAAUAUUUGAUUUUUUUCCAGAAAUGUUGGUUUUUAAAAAAACUAUUUUUAUACAUAUUUUGGCAUAAAACCUUGACCUUUCUCUGUACAGUGAUCUUGCAGUGUAUGGGCGAAGGACCCCAGUGUUUUCCUAAAGCAAAUGUAACAAAGAAAAUGGUUGACAGUGUCGUGUUUUGUGAAGUAACGUUUGCUUUAAUGUUCUGUCCAGAAUGUAAAUGAGUUGCAAAUUUCCUCCUAUUACACAGGCUUGAUUUGUGCCAUACUUUGUUUUUGCAAAAUGUAAAUUCUUUUCCCAACAUUUUCAUAAUAGAGCAUGUUACUUUGCAGAGAAAAAUAUACCAAUGUUAUUGUUCACACUUGGAAAUAAACAGUUCAGCA